AUGAAACUCACAAAUCCACUGAGUCCGAUGUCGUUUUGAUCCCCGGAUUGCCUCAUAAUGUAGAGAUGAUGAUCUCGAAAAUACCAGAUUGGAUGAUAACCACAAAGGAUUUCACACAUAGAAUGGAUUUCCUAAGAGAUUGUGAGCAAAAAAGCUAUGGGAUGCUCAUGAAUAGCUUUCAUGAUUUGGAAAACGAUUUCGAAGACCAUUUCAACUCCAUGGGAUAUAAGGCAUGGAGCAUAGGACCUGUUUCUUUGUGGGUGAACAAAGAUGCUACUCACAAAGCGGACAGGUAUAACAUUAAUAGUGGUAUUGAUGGAGCUCAAGGACAUGAAGUUAUCGAUUGGCUGAAUUCUAAGGAAAAUAACUCUGUCCUUUAUGUUGGUUUUGGGAGUUUGACCAAAUUACCAGCCACUCAGAUUGACGAAAUCGCUCAUGGUCUUGAAGCUUCUGGUCACCCUUUUAUUUGGGUAGUUCGUAAGAAAGACAAUGUUGAAUAUGGUGAAGCGUUUCAGGAAGGUUUCGAAGAGAGAAUGAAAGAAAUCAAAAGGGACUAUAUAAUAAGGGGUUGGGCACCGCAGGUGCUGAUUUUGGACCAUCCAGCAAUUGGAGGGCUAGUGACGCAUUGCGGUUGGAAUUCAGUACUUGAAGGAGUGAAUGCAGGGCUGCCGAUGAUCACAUGGCCUAUGUUUGCAGAGCAAUUUUACAACGAGAAGCUUCUGAUUGAUGUUUUGAGAAUUGGCGUGGCAGUGGGAGUGAAGGAAUGGAGAGAAUGGGGUGAGGAAGGAACUGCGGUGGUGAGCAGAGCACAGGUUGAGAAAGCAGUGAGGUUGUUGAUGGGUGAAGGAGAAGAAGCAGCAGAGUUGAGGAAGAGAGUGAGGAAGCUUCGAGAUGGGGCAAAGAAGGCCGUGGAGAUUGGAGGAUCAUCUUAUAACAGCCUGAUGGCUUUGAUCGAUGAGUUAAAGUCGUUGAAGAUUAAUAAGGGUGUGCAAGUAGUUUAACAGAGUAAUUAGGUCCUGAUCAUUCAGGUCACUGUAACGUUUGUUUCUUUUAUUUUGUUUUUGGGUGAUUUGAGUUAGAUAUGUUUUCUAGACAUGUUGGGCAGCUUGAAUUUUAACAAAAUGUUAUAAAAAUGAAGAAUGAAAGGGACCGGAUCAUUGGAAUGUCAAAGACCAUGCAAAUAAUUAGCCGUGAAUAAGAUAAAAGUGCGAAAAGCAGCGCUUUUCCUGGCUGUAAA